CAUUAUAAACAGCAAAUCCCCCUCAAAUUCAAUUUACUAAUAUUGUUCCAAUUUUAAUCCAGUUCAAUGCUUCAUUUUCUGAUGUUAGAUACCUUCUUCAUUUUUAUUAAUUAGAUAGUAUAUGAGAAUACAUAAUUCUAAUAUAAUGCAACUAAUAUACCGAAUAAAUGCUGUGUCUAUUUCCAUAAAAUAGUUUGAUGUUGAAAAAAAUAAUACUACGUUCGUACAGUAGGUGGCGUCUUGCAGAUUUCUUACGCGAUAUAUUGUAGUGAGAAUCGGCGGACCGAAUGCUCAAGGUCGUUCUCUAGGAAUAGCGCCUUAACAAAAUCAUAUUACGGCCAGGCGCACAAGUUUCAAGUACACGCCGGGCUCGUUUUGACGGGCCAAUUCAGAGGGCUGCCACGCGGCAGCCGGUUCGCACGCGAUACAGUUCAGUAUUAACUCACGCCCCGCGUCACGUCGUCCAUUCGUCGCUUAAGAUACAAGGGUUAACUAAAAUGAAGGCAAAAGCAUAUUGCAUUGCAUUCGGGUGCUUAAAUAAUAACACUGACCCGAACCUCACGUUUUUCACACUUCCGAAGGACAUCGAAAGGUAAAGAAAUGCACGUCUCAUAGGUAAUAAGUAAUUAGCUUAACCAAAUGUUUACCUUUGUUAUUCUUAUUUAUAUUAUCCGUAUUUACGAGGUUAGAAAAUUUAUUAUUAUUAUAUAGUAUAGUAAGGUUCGUUAAGUAAAGGUAGGAAAGUCGGUACCUAUUUAAAUUAUAUUUUAGUAUUUUCGUUUUGGUUGGUAGAUCAAUAAGUUUUUGGAAACGCAAUGAAACUCUAGUAUAAGUAUAGGUAAAUUGUAUUUAUUUUUCAACGUAAUAGCCUUUUAGGGUAAUGCACCUUGAAUAGCACGUUAGUAAAUUGCCUUGGGAAAAAGCAUUGAUCCCGGGACUCGAAAAGGUCUCUACAGCACACAUCACCUCAUUGUAGCCGUCAAAUUUAUAUCACGCAAGUGCUUUUUCAGGUGAGUAAAGGGGUGAAAAUCAAUAGGUGCUAGGUCCGGAGAAUAUGGGUGGCUUCUGCUUCAGCUGAAACCCAGCAAUGCGGAUGGCGUCGCCAUCUGAUCACAUCAAAUCGAUAGACAAGUGCAUUAUCACGAUGAAAAAGCACUCCAACACGCAAUUUACCUCGACGUUUAUUCUUUAGUUCUUCGCGUAGUUUUUUGAUUAAUGUUUAAAUUGUCGAUCAUUAUUGUACCUUCCGCAUCCCAGAAGAUAGAUGCUAUUAUUUUCCAGCUUUCGCGGACACCUUGAAUCUCUUGGCUGGCGAGGAAGACGGUCUUUUCCACAUCUUGCUUUGGUUUUUCAUCUCCGCGUGAAAAUGGUGUACCCAAGUUUCAUCUACAGUUACGAAACGCGCGUAAAAAGUAUCUGGAUCUUCUUCAAUUAUUGCUAAAUUUAACUUUGAAAUGUCAACUCUUGCUUUCUUUUGGGCGUCUAUUAACAUUCGAGGAACCGAGCGCGCGGCCACCUUUUUGAAUUUUCAGGUAUGAGUUAACGUGGUUGAGCCAUACUGCAGCUGUAUUAAUUGUAUAGUUGUAGCAUGAAUGUGUCGGCUCGACUGGUGAAGGACCACGCUCUCACAGAAUACCAGCGUAGAGUAGCAGCUUAAUGCUGCUGUGUUUCGUAUGAUGAGUGUAGAGCAUUCCAUCUUAGUCCUCACGGCUGAUAACGCUGGGUUUUAUUUAAUUUAAAGUUUAUUUUCUUCUUUUUAGAUCAUUUAAAUAAAAGCUUGUUUUUAAAAAUGUUUUUUUCCUAUUAAUAUAUUAUUGUGAAUGGUCUAUUUUUUGUUUUAUUAUAUAACUCUGUGUGUGUGUUGUACAUUUACAAAUACAUUUCUGUGAACAACUUACCUUUGUUUCAUUAAUAAAAUUAGUUGAUUUUUACAACUUCAUAAAGUAAUAUCAUAAACGUACUUACAUGUUAUUGUAACGAAAUAAAGAAAUCCUACCAAAGAAGAAAAGUUACCAUUUAGAUGAUCUACUGCAAGUACCUAUUUAUACAGGUCUGGGAUAACCUCCCCUUAAUUAUGCUACGGCCACACUACCUUGUCGUGUACUGCCCGUUUACCGCAACAAUUAACUAUAGCAUUAAAUUACUGCCUAAAUUGCGUGAAGUAGUGUGGUUACAAUAAAAAUAUUAAAAAUAGAUAUUCUGUGGUUACACUAGAGUUUACCUAGAUAUGAAAAUGAAAUAGGUGGAAAAAUGUCAUGUUUAAGCUGCGGCGGUGUUGUACUCUAUAUGAGUGUCAGUUAUUAUUACAUUAAUCUUUUACAUUUUAACAAAGCUAAAUCAAGACUUAAAAGAAGAUAGUGAAAGAUAAAAAUGCACAGAAAGCCUUCUUUUUCCGUUGAGCUCGUGUCGCACACUGAACAAACUGUGGUGUGGCCACAUGACGAAAAAAUUACCGCGGUCAUCGUCUUUGAUAUGCGAAAAAGAUCGCCACCGGAACUAUUCACUACCGUCACAUGUCAUAUUGAUUGACAUUGUAAAUUUAUGGCCAUAAAUCGUGACUACACCUAGGUUUUGUUUCAAUUACCUAUGGCCAAAAUUAUUGCCAUAUCACGAUUCACGAUAGUGUGGCCGUAGCAUUAACUGUACAAGUUCUGUUAAUGGUCGGUAUUGUGAUUUUGAUUAUGUAAAUGCAGACUAAGAGCUAUUGGUAUUUUAGUUUUAAUUUGCCCAACUUUCUACUUCAAAUAAUAAUAACGGGGACUAAAUGAACUUAAGCAUCAAUUUAAAACAUUUCAACCACAAGUUUUAUUUUCAUAUUCCAGACGCGGAAAAUGGUUGACAUUAAUCGACAGAGAAGACUUAUUACAAAUGGGAGAUUUGAAGAAGAGCAGCUAUUUAGUUUGUUCGGCACAUUUCGAAGAUACUUCGUUCAAAAUAAUUAAACAUCUCAAAGAACAUGCUCUUCCAUCAAUGCUUUUACAUAACCAACCUCAAGAAGGACCGUCCAUAUCCGCACAAGUCAAAGACAAAGUGACUAUAUUAUCGAAUAAUAAAGAAUAUGUUACCGUUGAAACUCAAACAGAAGCGUUACGAUCAACGAAAGAACAAACACAGAAAUCAAAGGCACUUACCGAAGGAACGCCAAGAAAACGAAAAAUCUCAAUUGAAAUACGGGAAUGUAACUUGAAACGCCAAAAAUUGGAUCAAGAAAUUAAAAACAAAAUUGACAAUCUAACGACUUCGAUCGCGGACGAUCAAUCUAAUUUGUUCAUAAAGAAGGAACCGGAGGCGGAAGAGUGGGUGCAAAUGACUGAUCCAGAAGACGUGGUCAUCCCUGAUACUAGCAACGCGAAGGAGCAUUUUUCCAGCAGCGAAUACGAAGAAUCCCUUGAAUGUGAACUUCCGAAGCCUUUGGCUUUUAAUAAUUUUGCGAAAAAGAGGAAAUUGGAGGACUUCCAUAAUGAGUCUCUAGCUGUUACGUUGAGAGAUAUAAAUACUCAAUUACAUGUGUUGACAAAUCAGCGAUACGACUGUUUCGACAACUUUGGUAAGUAUAUAUCGGCAAUGCUAAGAAUUAUGCCUAUACAGAAAUCCAUGGAGUUGCAGCCGAAGAUCGUAGCUUUAAUCACCUCGGUUGGAGUUAGUAAUAAUGAAGGUCGGAUCAGCCAGUCUCAUGAGAACUGUAGCUGAGGCCAAAAAACUUUGACCUCCAUAUUUAUCAUUCAUAAAUAGUUACGAUUUACGAAGUGUUAAACUUAAAUUGUGUUUAAAAGAUUGUUGAUAUGAUCUGUAGUUUCUACCUACUGAUAUUAUCUGUUAACGUAAUAUUUUUAAAUUUAACUUGUAUUAUAAUCUGUAACUUAAAUAAACAAUUAUUU